ACGGCGCCACCAACGAAACCUUCCCCAUUGUGUGCAGAUUAACCGUAGGCAGGAAAAACAGUCUCUCUCUCCUUUCGAUCAUUGAUAAGCGUGACCGCGAUCGCGACGAGCCUCUUUACGUCAAGAAAACGUACAUUUACGCGCGCGCGUGGCGCGUGCCAGUGGUGUAACUAGCGACCUCUGUUCCCUCGAUGAUUGGGUUCAUCCUGCUCGUUUGUUUAUCGUUUCCCGUUAAUCCCGAGUUGCCGUCUCUGGCAGGGGACGAGACGGAAAUGGCAAGGAUGCUCGCGCUAGAUUUCGAGGUCUUCGGCGUCGUGCAAGGUGUCUUUUUCAGGAAGGUGAGUGAGCGACACCUCGCGAGUGUCUGGCGACUGACCAUGCCAACCUGUUAUAACCUCGUUGUACACGCAAAAACGCGGCAAGGAGCUGGGUCUGAAGGGAUGGUGCAUGAACACCCCGAACGGCACCGUCGUCGGCCAUUUGGAGGGGGAGAAAGGGCAGAUCGAGGAGAUGUAAGGACUCGUCACGACGAGAGGGAAAGAUUACUGCUCUCUGUCGCUUCCCUGUGUUUCAUUUCAGGAAAGAGUGGCUUCGUCGCACCGGAAGCCCUCAGUCGCGGAUCGACAAGGCAGAGUUCCGCAACGAGAAGGAAAUCUCGCAGCUGUCGUUCUCCAACUUUGAAAUCCGAAAGUAGGAUCUCGGAGUACUCGGAGUGGCAACGCGUCCGCUCGUUAGUAUUGAAAUCAAUGUAUCGCAAUUGAAUUAUACGCACACUUUUCUCUCUA